AUGUUUUUUCUUGUGUUUUUUACUGUAGUUUUCUUUUUUUCAAGAGAUUCUCAUGCUGAGACGGCGGUUCUUUCGAGAUUGCUUGGAGAAAAGGAUGAGUUAUGCAUCGAUCGCCCUCUCUACGAGGAAUGCUUGGCAAUUUGCAGACUGACGUACUUGGACUGCCUCUCUUCCUGCGACUCGUCUUUAUGUCACUCGUCGUGUUUGUCAAAUUUCUCCGCUUGCGAUAAUUCCUGUCCUUGCGGAACUGACUGUCCAACUGGAUGCGUCGAGUGCGAAGAACACCCCCUCUGCGCCGGGAAAUGUCUUGAUGCGGAGCAGAACAACCCCGAAUACAAAUCCUGCCUGAAUGACUCACUUGACGAUAUGACUUCCUGCAUGAAAACCUGUGAGCCCACCGACACCUGCCAUGAAACUUGUUGCUCCGGACAUCGAGAAAGGAUGACUUCUUGCCCUUGCUUUCAGUCACAGGGAACAUCGUCGACAACUGCUCCUCCGACAACUCAACAGCCUCUCGAUCCGAGCGAAAUGUUCAUUCUCGUUAUUCGUUACUCAGAAGCAUAUGUGAUUUCUGGCGAUGGAAAUUCAAAAGUUUCAGCAACUAUAACCGCUCCUGCAGAUGAUUAUGCGAAAAAAGCACAGCAUGCGCUAAUUGGAAAUCAACUUUAUAUAUUUGGUGGAGAUUCGGAAAAGAGGAAGAUUGCUGCUCUUCAUGAAUGCAAUUUUGAAGAAAAAUCGGAGAAGCUUUUGAAUGACAUAGACGAAGCAAGUGCUGCUCUUUCUAUUGACGGCGAUUCGCGAGUCUUGCUCUGCUUCGCUAGUGGUUCCAAUAAGAACCACUGCGAAAUUUAUGAUGGAACAAGUUCAACGUCCACGACUUCCUCGAAUUACGGGCAUUCAUAUGCAAAAUUAGGGUUGUAUAAAAAUCAACCGACCACUGUUGGUUCUCAUGGUUCCGGAGACACAAGGAAAGUGGAAACACUAACAGAAAUUGGAUGGAGUGUGAUUGGAGAUCCACCAAUAAGCAAUAUUCGUGCUCAUGUCUUGGUCGGGCUUGAAAGCGGAAAUUUACUUAUGCUUGGUGGCGUUCGCGAUGGAAGUACUAAUUUGGAUGAUAUCUGGCUUCUUUCUAACGACUCCUGGUCACGAACUGGAACUUUGAAAAGCGCUGUCAGAGCGCAUUCGUCUCUUCAAAUCAACGAUUCGAUAUUCUUGUUUGCCGGUUUUGGAUCAAAUAACACUGUUCAAAGAGUCGACAUUGACGGAGACGAAAUUAAAAACUCUGAAAUUAUUGGCAACCAUAGCGCUGAUGAAGCAAUACCUGUCUUAUUUCAAGUGUCUUCUGGAUUCUGCGCUUAA